AUGGCUGGGGUGGUCGGCGUCUGGUUCGCCAAGUUCGGCCGGGAGGCGGCGCCGGCGGCAGAGGCAGAGGCCGAGGUCGUCGGCCGGCGACACCAGGGCGACGGCCUGCUCGAGGUGGAGGCCGUGAAGAAGGGCGGCGUGCAGAUCCAGGAGAGGAGGAGGAGGACCAGCGCCGUCCUCGCCAACUCCGAGGACACGAAAAACGGGGAGUUUACGGUUCUUGCAGCAUUUUGUCAAGGGCUGUUUAUUGACAGCUGGCAUGAUCCAACCUAUGUUUUCCGUUGCUGA